CCCUCUCUCCGUGGACCCUCCUACCAGCAGAAGAGUGACACGCCAUUCAACAGCAGCCUGGCCCUGUGCAUGCAGGACGCGGUGAGAGCUCAGAUAGAUCACCCCAUCUGGUAGGGAAGAAAAGCACAGAAAAUCGCAUUUGCGUGACGGACAAAGGGAAACUUUUACGAAUCGCGUCGACAUGGGCAUCCGAAAAAAGACCAACAAGAACCCGCCGGUGCUGAGCCACGAGUUUGUGAUCCAGAACCAUGCAGAUAUUGUUUCCUGUGUUGCUAUGGUUUUCCUGCUCGGGCUGAUGUUUGAGGUCACAUCAAAGUUUGCAGUAUUAUUUAUUACUGUCCAGUACAAUGUGACCAUAUCAACGAAUGAGGGCCCAGAAGAGACAGCAGUGAACCACUUCCACCACGGCAUCAAGGACCUGGCAACCGUUUUCUUCUACAUGCUGGUGGCCAUCAUCAUGCAUGCAAUCAUCCAGGAGUACGUGCUGGACAAAUUCAACCGGAAAAAGCACUUCUCCAAAACCAAGCACAGCAAGUUCAAUGAGUCAGGCCAGCUCAGCGCCUUCUACUUGUUCUCCUUCGCUUGGGGCACGAACAUCCUUCUAUCUGAAAACUUCCUGUCCAAUCCCGUCGCCCUGUGGGAGGGCUAUCCUCAUACGCUGAUGCCAUUCCAGAUGAAAUUCUUCUACAUUUGCCAGAUGGGCUACUGGCUACACGCUCUCCCAGAGCUGUAUUUCCAAAAGGCAAAGAAAGAGGAUAUUCCACGGCAGCUUGUGUACAUCUUUCUGUAUCUGGUCCACAUCGCUGGCGCCUACAUUCUGAAUUUGAACCGGCUGGGUUUGGUCCUGCUGGUGUUGCAUUAUUUUGUCGAGCUUCUGUUCCAUGUCUCCCGACUCGUCUACUUCAGCAACGAGAACAGACAAAUGGGAUUCACCAUCUGGGCUGUCUUGUUUGUGAUUGGACGGCUGCUUACCUUGUCCCUGUCGGUCCUCACCGUGGGCUUCGGCCUCUCCACCGCUGAAAACCAAGGCUUUGAUUUGGCUGCAGGAAACUUUAACAUUUUCUUUGUGCGGAUGACCGUCCUGUCAGCCAUCUGCUUUACGCAGGCCUUCAUGAUGUGGAAGUUUAUUAACUUCCAGCUACGGCGAUGGAGAGAGCAUUCCGAGGCUCAGACAUUGAAAAAGAAACAGGCUCCUGCUAAGAGCAAGUCGAAAAAAGACAAAGCUAACGGAGUAAACGGUGUGAGCUCUCAUGGAGCAGAUUCACCGAGAUCAAGAAAAGAGAAGUCCUCAUAAGACAUAAAGAGGAGAAGAAAAGCAAACAUUCCUGCCUGCCUUCCUCAUCCCGCGUAUCUCAAAGAGCCGUCUCUCCCAGGGUCUUCUCGGCUAUGUCCAGCUGGCUGAUUCAACGGCUCCUUGACCCCCCCAUGCCCCAUGUGUGGAUUCACCUUCCCGCACAGAACCGACCUCCCAGCUGGAAUUUCCAGGGCCACUCAGUUUUGUUUUUGCUGCCGAUCGUCCAGCUCAUGUUCAGCUCCAAAUCUUCCUUCCGUGGUGUCAGUGAAAAACCAACAAAUAAACUGAGGGAAACAGACCUUAUUUAAAAAGUGCCUAUUGAUGUGGAUUGUUUUUUUGUUUUUUUUUUUUGGUUGUUUUUUUUUGGUGGGGGGAUGGGGGAGGGUGUUUUUUUGUACUGAUUGUAAUUGUACCAAAUCAGGAAUGAUCACUUUAUUUCUUUUUCCCACUUCAGGUCAUUUAGUGCUUUAUUGAAAUAAUGUGUAUUCCUUUUCUUUCACCUCCAUAACUUGUAUUUAUAUUCCAACCAGCUCAUCCUGAUGCUGUCCUUCUCUUGGAUAAAUUCCAUUUUAAAUUUCUCCUGCAUUCCCAAGAUUGGAGGUUGUAUAAAGUCCUGUUAUCUCCAGCCUUUACCCAGAUCACAUUUUAGUCGUUUUUAAAAAAAACAACACAUCAGACAUAAACAGACACCUGUAGAUAGAAAGGAAACCAUUGAAUAAGCUUGGAAUAAGAGGAUAUAAAAGCAAGCAAAUGAAACGAGUACAUUUAUGGUUUAGUAUUGUGCGGAAAAGCCAGACAAAAAAAAACAACAAAACAAAUGGUAAACUAAUGUAGCAUUUGAUUAUUGGAGUAGGUGAAAAGCUUUGUAAUCACAACAUGUUUGUCACAAGCUUCUAUAAACGUUGCCGCAGUUGUAAUCAUACUGUUUUAGACACAUUGUGCUUUUAGGUUUUAAUUCUGUAGCAUCAACAAAGAUACAAAUCAGGAAAAAAAAACAAGAAUAACAUUCUUCUGAUUUGUCCAACUUCUCUAAAUGUUAAGGUGGAAUGUUCUUAAUGUGUUUCUUCGAUUAUGGAUUAACUUACCUGUAGAAA